AUGGCUGAAUCGGGGAGUCUCGUCCCCGGUGCUCAGCCGAAUGCCCCCGACCCAGAAUGGGAGGAAAAGUUCAGAACGACUCUAGCCGAGGGUCGAAUGCUCAUGGACAGUGACAAUCGCGCACCCUCCAUGGCUUUGCCCAUCAUCAUGGAGGCUGUGAACAUGUGCCCGUGCGACCCAGCGGGCAGUGGAAAGACCCGUCACGACAAAGACAAGUCGUGCAACAUCUCGCAGUGCAUAGACGCUGUGCGGAGCGACAACCCAGGUGCCCUCUAUGAGGUGGCCAAGCGCCCUUGUGCUUGUGGAUACUCUUGGCCGUCUUGCACCCGCAUAGAGCACGCCAUCGCUCUCGAUGCACUCGCUGAGUGUCUCACCAAAGCCGGCCAGCAUGUCUCGGCUUUCUCGACGGCGCUUAGCAUUAUUCGCUUGGAUCCCGCCUCAGCCGUGGGCUACUGCCGGACGGCCAAGAUCCUCCGGUAUCUGCUCAAGAAGAAGGACCCCAAGGCGGAUUCUAAUGUGGCCCGUUCCUUGGGCGUCAUUCUUCGGCAUGCCAAGUUGCCCUCUGCCGACACGCUUCGAGAUGUGCUUAAGCAGUUCGUAUCGAGCGGGUUGUGGAGCACCGACAAGUAUGGCAACGGGCUCAACGACAGUUACGACGUCAUUCUCCAUAUAAUAGCCCACAGCCUGAAGAUCAGUGCCGCCCGCAUUGAUCCCGUCCAGAAAUUCCCCCAAGAGGUGCUAAGCAUGAUCUUUGCACACCUCGAUACCACGAGUCUCCUCAAAUGCCUUCGGGUCAGCAAGCAGUGGCACCGAGUGGUACUAGGGGACAGCUCGCUCUGGCUUGACGUGAGACUCAUCCGCCCGCUGAAUCCCAAGACGGACUUUGCGCGUUUCCUCCAGCAACGCCCCGGGAUCACAACGCUUGCCAUCUACGAUGCCGCUGAUUUCCAGGUCAAUGAGACCAAGCUCAGGAGUAUCAUGUACGGUCUGCGCCAGCUGAAGCGCCUAUAUCUCAACUCGGGGAAGGCUCUUCCUGCGAUCCAGAAGCUUGCUUUCAAGAGCAUGUGGCUGAAGACUGCCGCGAGCCUGACCCACCUUUCCAUCUCGGGUUUUGACAGCGAGGAACCAGUCGAGGCCCUCGUUAGGCUCUCCGCGAAGACCCUCCAGGCUCUCGAUCUGGUCAAGACAGGCCACGAGGUGAACGAAAUCUUCAAGAAGUCCCCCUGCUUUCCGAAUCUGAAGAAACUGCGGAUCAUCAGUGGAUACACGCCGCAGGAGAUAGAAAUGCACCUGCCUGAGAUCGAAACAGAGUUCAUUGUGCUUGCCACACCGGUGCUGGAACAGUUCCACCUGGACGGAUUCUUCGUCUGCUGGCGCAAUGAGUACAGUGGUCCGUCGACCCUCACUGUUCAGGCUAAGAACAGCCUGUGGCGCUCUCUCGAACGGGUCAUCCUCGGCCCGGAGUUGGUCUUCUCGAACCAUGCGCAAAUAUGGAGGUCUAAGCUGUGCCGUAUCCUCCCUCCCUUUACCAGCAAUCUGCGGUCCUUCGAGGUCCUCGGCCCUAGGUGUGCCCAGAUCGCCGACAACGUUCUGUUUACCUUCGAGGUGGAGAACGCGGGUCCGGAUUGGCAGGGCUACAGCGUGUACAACAGGGACCCGAACCCGCCAAACUUGGUGAACCUAGAGGUAUUCCGUUGCCGGGCGGAAUCGCCCGACAUCGUCCGGUACUUGGCAGAUGUCAUCGGGCCCGCGGCACGGGCCGGCAGCCUGAAGUUCCUUGAGCUGACCCUGCCGGGGCCCAUCAGUCUCUUCCGGAUCGCCGACCCUGUCAGGGAGCUCUCGUUUGCCGUCUCGGAGAACCUCCACACGCUGGGCCUGCACCGCUUCAACUUCUACUACGACAGGCACGACCGGCUGGGCACCACCAAGGCCUUCGACGGCCAGCCCUUCAUCGACUGGAUAGAGUGCUUCCCCAACCUUCACACCGUGCUCGUCUACCCGGACGAGUGGGAGGCCGUGGAUCUCUUCAUCAUGCAGCUGAUCGCCCAUCCGCGCGUCAAGGUCAUCCACCAGGACGUCCUGCGCGGCGUGGCCUGGGACAACGCCCAGAGACUGGCCGAGCUGCACGGUGUCGAGCUGCACCACACCCCCUUCUUCGCGCCGACAAGAUGGCAUGUGUUUGAGGAUUAA